AUGCCGGGGUCCGUUCAUCACCUUCCUCCAUUAUCGAGAGCCCGAUCACGCUCGUCGUCGUCGUUCGAGCACCGCCCCUUGCCUGACCCCGUGUUUCCACACACCCGAGGUUACGCCCAGCCCGCUGCUGCUGCACGUCAUCAACGUCAGCUAGAAGAACUCGACCAGCUCGAACUAUUCGCGGACACUUUCAGCAAGGCCGGAGCUGUCGCUUUUCUUUCCCAUUCGCCGACUUCAAGCACAAGCUCUCACACAUUUUCGCUCCACGGGCAUCAGCAAGUCACAACCGCUCAUCGGAACCACAGCCCACGUAAACACCAGCAUUCGCCCUCAAACCAAUCUUCUUCGAGCUAUCAGCGACAGCAGAGGUUCCCUCAGAAGACACCGCCCUCUUCUCGCCCAGGCUCGCGCCCUGGCAGUCGACCAACAUCCCCCAGUCGAUCUGCUGAAGCCGCGAGCACCCCGUCAGUGCCUGUCCCCCGCCCCGGAAGUAGGAGUUCUCGUCCUGGUUCCCGAAAUCGUUUGGUCCGCCCAAGCAACAACAACGCGCCCGCUGCGGAAGGAGGUAGCCAGCCAAAAUCUCGGAUCCCCACUCGUCCCAGGGCGUACUCCGCGCCAGCUCUCGACUCGGAAAUACUGACCGACGAGAACGCUCCACCUCUACCGAACAUGUCGAUGACCGAAUCAUAUCGGCUUGGCUCACUGGCGAACGGCACCGCCGGUUCCCCAAGCCACAUUCCCGUCCUCAAGUCGCGCAUUCGUACCACGAGCCUUGCCCGAGUCCCCAGUCCAGACCUGCCGGAACUCACAGACAGAUUGGCGGAUGUGAGCCCUCCCUUUCGUGUGGAUCUCGACGCAGCGCUGGCCGAAAUCGAGGAUGAACUAGAGGCCCGUGCGAACGAGCGGUUCAGGAAGGCGCAGCCAGCUCCAUCGACUCCGUCACCGACGUUGUCGACGUCACCAAAUCCGGGUGCUCGCACACCUCAAGGCUCCGGUACCAAGGGCAGCACUACAGCCCGGACGCGCACGACCUCAACAAGACGCCAAGCCAACGGAGGCAGCACGGGUAGCAUCUCGAAGGCCAACGGCACUGUCACUCCGCGUACGCCGAGGACGCCGAACCAGCAACGCACGACUGCUGGUGUCAGCCGGGCCUCCUCCGUCGGGGCGUCGCCCGCUGAGCACACGCCAAGAGACCGGAGGAUCUCUGCAAACGGUGGAACCCUCAACGGACGCAAGCGCUUCGGAUCAGACGCGACUCCCAACAGCGUCAAGAACUGUGGCAAGAUCCCACGACCCCGGACGAAGGCUCGAACUUCUUCAGCCUCCGCCGUUAUUCCGUCACCAUCAGUGCACCCUCAGAACAACACUGCAGUCGCUACGCCACCAUCGACAGUAUCACGUCCUGGCCUCGCCGCCCACUGGGUUCCACCCGAACCCACAUUCACCCCGCCAAAAGACGCAGACUGGGACGACGUCGUUCUUCCAACGGUCGCGAAAAAGCUUGGUAUUUCGACACUUUCGAACUCUGGACACGGCCGCAACCAGUCCAUCGCUAGUGCCCUCGAGGUCAGCCAGAGUAGCACGAGUGGAGAGGCAGGGGAAGAUGACCUCGCCGUCGAAUGGGAUCGGAAUGGACAGCCCAUCCGGUGGGAGAAGCAGCAGCCGAAAGCGAAGCGAGAAAACAUCGAAAUGUCGCCGAUGCGGGCGAGUAUGGCUGCGACGAGCGAAUUUGGGGCCAUGCCCGCUCAGUCUUCGAAGCCACCAGCAUCGGCAGAGAUGCCCUCACCUGCUCCUACCGGCUACCCUUAUCAGCCCUAUGACCCCGGCUACGGACGAUCGCCCAAUGCUCAGUUACAGCAGCCUCCCGCCAACCAGAUCCAUCAUCACUUCACUCCUGGUGAGAUGGAGCGCCCUCGCCCCGCUCCUGUUCCUCCUCAGCAGCCGAUGAUGCCGAUGACGGACUCUGUGGAAAAGCCGACUGGCAACACGAAUAAGAAGAAUAAGAAGAAGAGAGCGGACGACGAUGUCAAGGGUUGUGCUUGUGUCAUUAUGUAG